AUGGACUGGCUCCAUGCUCGCCUUCCGACUUGGCUGCAGUGGCGGGACCAUCAAGCCGAUGCUGGGAAUGCCACAAGACAUCCAUUGGACGAUCUCGCGCAGGAGUCAUCCCUUCUUCUCGAUGCGGUUGCGCAGAGAGAAACUGGUCAGAGCACGCGCCUGGCGACGAGACGACUUGGCGGUAAGGCCGCUUUCAGUCCUCCAGGCAUCAAAACUGCGGAGACAUUUGUCGACGUCUUGUCUCAGAUCUGUAUGUACGAAGUCAAGCGUAAGGACCUGGACGAAGAGCUCGUGAACCUGGAGCAGCAGGCCCGCAUUCGGCGCCGCAUCGCAGACAUUCGGACAGAAGAAAUCGCUAUCCUCUCGGCACGAGACAUUCCUGAGCUGCAACAGUACCUCGAAGAUAUACAAACGGAUUGUGCAUCACAUCAUGAGGCUUUAAGUUCUCUAACGGAGCAACUUGAUGCUCGGAAAGUAGACCUCACUGGUUGUGCCAGAGCCCAAAAACAUCUUCUUGGGCGUCUCUACAAUAAUGCACAGCCUUUCCUCGAUGCCAGCCAACAGUCUGGAACACUAGGACACUUUCGUCCUAGCCAGUCCUUUGAGAUGAGAUUGAGACAUCUGGUGAUCCUCCACGAAGUAAUCUUGAAAAGUCAGGCGACAACGAAGAUCCUUCAGCAGGACUUUCUUGACGCGAGUAGCACAUUCCGGAACCGGGACUGCGACAUGUCUGGGGAUGAGUACGAAGCGCUCUCUGCAUCUCUACGGCUAGCGAAAGACAGUUCUCUCGAGGCACAACGUCACCUGAACCUUCGGAAAGCAGAACAGAGAUCCCAGGAGACCAAUUUCUUGCUUGAGGUUGUACUGCCAAUGCUGGUAGAACAAGAUCUUCUACAGUCUCCUCACUCUCCUGCCGCAUCCUCGAACUACGACGAUCUGAUAAUCUUCAAGGACGAAGAGAGAGAACGACGACCAUGCGACACCAUCAAGCUAAGCGCAGGAGAGGGACGUGACAUCGCUUCAAGCAAUGAUCUAUUGAAGAAGGUUGUGAAGAAAAGACGGAUCAUCUUCAAACGUCAGCGUAAAGUGGACUCCAGAAAGAAGGACCGCCAGAACAAAAUGGCUCGUUUCCUUGUGCUGUACCCAACCUGCUCAUUGGAGGCUUACAACGAAGCCUUCUCUGUUGAGAGUGCUUCUUAUGAGGAGAAGCGUUUGUCAAAUGAGCGGUGGCUGGACGUCCUCCGAAAAGAGUAUACCGAUCUGAAGGAGAAGGCCAUCAAGGAAAACGUGGAUCAUUUACCACUAUCACCAAUGUCAUUUGCCGAAAAGUCCGAGGAUGAUGAUAACGAUUCGAUACGAGACGCGAACACCAAGAGUCGUACACGUGGUGGGCCCAGGAUAGAAAAGAGAGUCCGUCGGUGGCAACGCAGAGUCGCCCGUCAGCCAUCUGAAGAGCCACGAGAAGUGGAAGUGGCAUCACUGAGAAGCAUCACAGACUGGUCAGAUGAGUAUGAGACCACCGUCAUGCAGUCGAAUAAGAGGUGGGUGCAGCGGGAAGAGAUGUACAAGGAAGCAAUCAGAGACGCUUUGAAAAGAAGCGAGCCACAGACACCAUUAGAUACAUAG